AUGGCUUCCUCACCUUGCUUCCCACGCAGGCCACUAGCCUCCCCCGCCGCCUGGAUCAAGUCCCUCGUCCUCGUCGCCAGCUUCAUCAUCUUCGCCGAGUACACCCUCUCCCAAGUCAUGGCGCCCAAGGCAGGUUCCUCCCUCCUGGCCGCGCUCGCCGUCUUCGGCACCGGCUCCGGCGCCGUCAGCGGGUCCGGCACUAUCGCCAGCGGUAACAGCUCCGCGGGCGCCGGCGGCGUCGACCUCACUUGGCACGCCCCCGCAAGCUCCGAGGUCAACAACAUCACCUCCGUGAUCAGCGGCAAGGGCGUCUGGGGCUUCAUCUACGACACCUCCGCCACGCCGGACGACAAGUACGGGCAGUACAACUGGUGCAACAUGCCCCAUGUGCGCAAGACAGAGUACGUCAAGGCGAGCGAUGAGUACGAGCUCAAAUACGUUGAACUGAUCCAUCGCCACCACAAACGCACCCCCUACGCCUCCAACGCCUUCCCCGUGGAAUCCUACCAGUGGAACUGCGACGAGCAAGGCCUCUUCUACUACGGCGAGCCCUUCGCCUCCGCCAACAAACCCGCAAAGACCUACUGGAAGGUCUACAUCUCCCCCGUCAACCCCUUCGUCCCCGCCGGCUGGAUCGGGACCUGCCAGUUCCCGCAAAUUACCGCCCAAGGGCUCGACGACUCCUGGGUCCACGGCGCCGACCUCUUCGGCGUCUACCACGACCUGCUCGGCUUCCUCCCGCCAAAGGACGCCGCCGGCUCCGCCGACUGGCUCGCCAAGGUCAAGUACCGCGUCACCAACAACCAGAUCACCAGCCAGGUCGCCGGCAUGGUCGUCAACGGCAUGUGGGGCACCGCCGCCUCCACGGGCCUCUCUAUCCAGGCCGCCGGCGUAGACUCCCUCGAGCCGCAGUACUCCUGCCCGGCCGGCGCCGCCCUCUUCUCGCGCAUCAAGUCGUCCGCCAACGCCCCCUGGCAGCAGCACCUCGACGCUGCGGCGCCCCUCUACGCCACGCUCGACGACAUCUCGGGCGUCCCGGCCGACGACGCCGGCUUCCACGCCAGCCUCGACCACUACUACGACAACCUCUCCGCCCGGCAGUGCCACGACAAGCCGCUGCCCUGCAAGCUCGUCGGCGGCGCGAACAGCACGACGUGCGUCACGCAGGAGAUCGCGGACGCGGUGUACCGCCUCGGCCAUUGGGAGUAUUCGCAGAUGUACCGCGACGCGGGCCCCGACGCCCUCGCCGCCAGCGUCGCGAACUGGGGCGUGUGGGUGGCCGAGCUGGCGACGCAUCUAAGGGCCGCCGUGAGCGGGCAGAGCGAGACCAUCUACUUCCACAACGUCGCGCACGACGGCUCCGUCUCGAGGCUGUUGUCGAUCCUGCAGCUCGACAAGAUGGUCUGGCCGGGCAUGGGCUCCGAAGUCGUGUUUGAGCUGUACAAGAAGAAGGCGAAGAGCUCUGCCGACGGCGCGUCUGUUGUGCAGAGAGCGGCUGGGUCAGACGCGAAAGCCGGAGAGAGCGGGUGGUACGUUAGGGUCCUCUGGAGCGGGCAGGUUCUCAAGUCAUCGAACCCGUCACUGGGUUUGAUGGACAUGGUUCCUGUCGAGACGCUGCUGGCGUAUUUCGAUGGACUGGUCGGAGAGAAUGCAAGCCUGAUCAAGGGCAAGUGCACUGCUUGA